AUGAGAACCAACCUUUUUAUUACCAUUGCUCUGACUGCACUUGUACUCUUCUCAAGUGUGAAGACUGUCGAAGCUAGCCUCCUCAAAGGCUUCUUGAAACAGAAUGUGACUGCAAACUUACUUGAUCAUUUCAUGAAAGGAAUGAAGAUUAAUGAACUUGCUUCUAAUACUACUGAAUGUGUUCACUAUUCUGAAGAUGCCUAUUUCCACUUGAAAUCUUCUAUCCAAAACAUGACUGAAGGAAACUGGAACGUCAGCACCCACCUCUAUUUCCUCUCAUCUCUUGGAAAUCUUACUCCAAUGAUCAAGACUUGUUACAAUACCACCAAGAACGGAACCGCUGAGUUCUUUGAGCACUUUAAUGGAUUCCAUAAUUUCACAGACUUCAUGAACCAGACUGCUACACAUGUAAUGGAGCACUAUUGGGAUUGGUACAAGAUUACCAGCUCUCUGAUGUUUGCUUUGGAAGGAAACAGAACUGAUGAAGUUGCUUAUCAACUUGGAGCUGCCACAAGACUAAUUAUUGAUGUUACUCCAAGAUCGGCAAAACUGGAUAUUUUGAGAAGUAGCCAACCUUCAAACUCUUUCAACCUGAAGCUUCCAGACUUGAGACCCUAUGAGAGGUUCUUUUCAGGGUUCAUCAACGGCUCCCAUAUCUUCAACUCGACCAAUAUUACCCACUGUGUCAAUGAGACAAAGUUCAUGGCUGAUGCAUUUGAAAAUGCUACUUAUGGAUUGUCCAACAAAACCACCGAUGGAUAUGAACACGCCUUAUUCGAUAUUGCUGAUGUACUCGAGCACCUAGCUCCCCACACUGAAGCAUGCUAUGGAGGUCUCAUCGACAUCAUGGAUAUUUUGAAUAGAUAUAACCAGACUAUCUAUUCUCCAACUCAAUUGGGAAUCACCGCGUUUAGGAACAGCCCAGCUCUUUAUGCUGAUGCAGUGUCUGCUUAUGAGAGCUAUCACAGCUCCAAUUACACUGCUAUGGGCUGGAGGAUCGGAGAUUUCUUCUUUAAUUUGUUUGCUAAUAACUAGCUUUUGUUACCGGUAUCUUUUAUCUCCAA